AUGAAUUCUUUUCUUCCCCCUGGAAAAGAGCGGGGAGGCAUCCGCACCCUGUCACUUCGAACCGCACGAAAACUUGACUGGUCAGAUGGGUUGUUGGGCGCUUGGGCUGGUCAGUCUGGAAACCAGCGAAUGAGGCGUCGGGCUUUGUUUCUCAGUUUCUUCACACUCUUGACACCAAACAACCAUCACCACAUCGGCUUGAGAUGGCUCGCUCUCCCAUCCCUGUUUUCUUGUCGAAGUCCUCACUAUACAUUCGUCGCUUCCAGAAGUUCGGGUUGAGCUUCUCAUCUUCUUAUUCCACAAUGCUACAUGGCGAAGAUGACGUCCAAUACAACUGGAUCAAUGGUGCGGAAUCGCUUGAAAAAUACAAGCUCAGGGGUUAUCAUCCUAUUAUGAUUGGGGAUAUGCUACAUAAGCGAUACCGCAUCGUGGAUAAGCUUGGUUUUGGAGGCUAUUCAACGGUUUGGCUAGCUAAAGACACUCGGUUGAAUCACUAUGUUGCUGUCAAAGUUGGGAUUGCGAACUCGCUUCCGCAUGAGUCGAAAAUUCUCCGGGCCCUCUUGGUACCACAACCAUCGUCUUUGUCCACACACCCAGGACGCAAGUCAAUACCAUUGCCCCUUGAUGAAUUCGAGCUACACGGCCCCAAUGGGACUCAUCCAUGCUACACAAUGACUCCUGCGAGAUGCAAUCUUAGAGAGGUCUCUUUCAGCCGCCUGUUUCCUCUUGAAGUUACACGUGCACUAUCAGCUGGCCUCACACUAGCUAUUGCAUAUAUGCAUUCACAAGGCUAUGUUCAUGGAGACAUCCAUCUUCGCAAUGUCUUGGUUAAACUACCUUCGAGCUUUGAUCAGCUUCCCAUCGAGCAGCUAUAUGAAACAUAUGGCAAACCGCAGGCAGUCCCAGUCACACGGUGCGAUGGAAAACCGCUUCCACCCAAUGUCCCAGCAACUGCUGUUAUACCACACCACCUUGGUAAAGAUGCAGAAGAAUUCUCAUUGUCUGAUGCUGAGGUGCUUCUUAGCGACUUUGGUGAAGCCUUUUCGCCAGCCUUGAAUGUCCGCCUUGGGGAAAGUUGCCAUACACCAUUAGCUAUGCGGCCUCCGGAAGCACGAUUUGAACCACAGUCUCCACUAUCAUUUUCAGCAGAUAUCUGGAGUCUGGCCACAACAAUUUGGGAAAUUCUUGGCAUGAAGGCGAUUUUCAGUAGUGAGUUCAUAACUGCAGAUGAGAUUGUGUCUCAGCAGAUUGAUGUGCUGGGACCAAUGCCCUCAAGCUGGUGGGAGCGGUGGGACGAACGGGGCCAGUUCUUCAACCAGGAUGGACACCCAAGAGAAGACCGGGAUGUGUGGCCUCCAAUUGAUGAAGCAUUCGAGGAAGGCAUACAAAGAUAUCGACGAAAGCGUGGAAUGGGCGUGUUUGAAGUAGAUGAAACGGCUGCUAUCCUUGAUUUGAUGCGCCGAAUGUUGGCAUUCCGGCCGGAACAGCGACCGACAGCUGAGGAAAUCCUCAAGUCAGAGUGGAUGGUUAAGUGGGCAUUGCCUGCACUCACAGCUGCGAGAUGAAGUUAAUAGGAAAACUAUCAAUAGUAUGCUGUGCUUGUACGAGACCGGUGGUAUGCCCCUGGCACUAGAGCAGGUGAGCAGCAUGGGAUGGGGGAGAGAGGUUAUAAUAGCCAUAUGGCAGAAAGGCCCGCUUGGCCUCAAGCACAUGGGGUCAAAUGACCAUCUGUUCGAGCAGCCUGGUGUCCUUGACACCCACUGGAGAUCCUUUCACAGCUUGAAAAAAAAGUUGAAGAUUAUCAAACAUCAACCAAAAAGAAACUUGGGCAGAGAGAAACCCUCUUCAGAAAGAGUGCAGAAUACAGCAAUAAAUGUGGAGCUGAUGUCUAUAUCAUUGUCUAUGUGAACAAUCAGUACUUCACCUUAUACACAAAUGGGAAUCAGCCACUAUCAGCUGAGCAAAUAGUACAUUCUCCAGUCCCAGAGUGGAUGCUUUGGCUGACAUCAACAGGCCCAUCAGUAUCCUCUUCCACUUCACAUAUCACCUGAGGAUUGUCGAAGAGCAAAAGGGAAGACAGCAGGGCACUUCAGGAAUAUUGAUAUUGUGAAUUAACAGAGCUUGGGAUAUAAUAGUCAAACCAAUAAAAUGCAACAG